AUGAGAAUUUUAUAUUUAGCUUCUCUUUUAUUUUUAAUUACAUUAUAUCUAUCACCAACUUUUGGUUGGGGUGGUGGCAGAGAUUGUGAAAGUCAUCGUUCAGAAUAUACAUGUAAAUCAGAUAGAAGUUGUGCAUAUUUACCAUUUGUAUCAUGUUGUGGUAAGAAAGAAUUUUUCUGUGUUAAUCGUGAUCAUAGAAAUUGUUGUGAUGAUUUAUCAUGUGCUAAAAACACGAGAACUGGUGAAAUCUUUGAGAUUUGGUCAAGUUGUAAACCACAUAGAGAUUUUGUACCAUAUCAUUCACCAAAUACAACCACAUGUGAAUCAUUAGGUUGUGAAGCAAGAGGUAUGGAAUGUGAAUGGGUUGAAUCAUCACCAUGUUAUGGAACUUCUUGUUGCCCAAGAAUUCCAAGAUGUGUUGGUCAUCAUGGUGGCGGUCAUAAAUGUGACAGAAUGAGAUGUCCAGAAGGAUUCUAUUGUGAAGAACAAGGUGGUAGUGCAUGCUGCGUACCACAUCAUGACGGUUGUGGUAAUAUUCAAUGUCCAUGGGGCCACUAUUGUGUCAAUGAACAUGGUAAAUGCAGAUGUGUACCACACAGACCACCACCACGUCCACCAGUUGACCAAUGCCGUAAUCAACAUUGUCCACAUGGUUAUUCAUGUCGUGUCAUUAAAGGUUGUGCCACUUGUGUCAGAGAUGCCCGUCCACCACAUAACCUUUGUCGUGGUUUUGGUUGUCCAGAAGGCUCCCAUUGUGAAGUUCUUGAAAAACAUCCAGUUUGUGUUAGAAAUCAUGUUCCACCACACCCACCACCACCACCACAAAUUUGCGGUAGUGUAAAUUGUGGUCCAGGUUAUAUUUGUACAAUUAUCAAUGGUCAUCCAACUUGUAUUCGUGGUGAUGGUUAUUUAUGUAAUCAAACCCGUUGUCCACACGAUUAUCAAUGUGAAACCAUUAGCACCAAUAUCGUGAAAUGUUCACCAAAGAAUGACGAAUGUAAAUGGCAUCGUUGUCCACCAGGUUCCAGCUGCUUCAAUAGUAGAAACGGUCCACACUGUCUUGCCAAUAAUGUAUUCCCACAACUUUGUAAAGUUACUCAAUGUCCAACUGAUUUCUCUUGUAAAAUGAUUAGAGGUAAUCCAACUUGUAUUAAAGCAAGACCACCGGUACCACCACCACAUUGCUCAACUUGUGCAGAGCUAUCAUCAGCAUGUAAUCACGUUGGAAUGAUUUGUAUUCAAGUACCAAGCAAUUGUACCAAUACUAGAUUCCCAUGUUGCCCAUCUCAUCCAAUUUGUAUUCAUCCAUCAACUACUGCUGCUUCAACCAUUGCAACAACUGCAUCAACUGUCGCAACUACAACCUCUGCAACUACUGCAGGUACAACAACUGGUGGAACUACAACUGGUGGUUCAACUUCUGAUAGUAGUGCUGCUUCCUCAGCCGAUAGUAGCGCUGCCUCCUCAUCACCAUCAAGCAGUGCUGCUUCAAGUGCCGCUUCAAGUGAACCAUCAAGUAGCGCCGCUUCAAGUAGUGCUCCAUCCUCUGCUUCAAGUAGCGCUCCAUCCUCUGCCUCAAGUAGUGCUCCAUCAUCAUCAGCUUCAAGUUCAGCUGCAUCAUCAGCUGCAAGCUCAGAAAGCUCAGAAAGCUCAUCAGCCACUUCAUAA